AUGGCUAGUGGCUCAUCAUCUACAACAAGUAAGCCAGAUAAAUCCUCAUCAUCAGCAGCAGAGAGUAAAAGUGCUGCACUUCCUCAACCCGUUCGUCGGGUUAUACAAAAUUUUCUCUUAAUCUGGCUGGACGCAAAUAUUGAUGAAACAAAGGAAGAUUUUAAAAAUUCAUUAAAACAUUUACGACAUAUUGUAGUAUCCAUUACAACUUUUAAGGAUGGUAAAGAAUGUUGCAAAUUUUUGGAUGAUAUUAAAAAAGAAAAGGUCUUUAUGAUUGUAUCCAGUGCAUUAGGACGACAAGUAGCACCAGAACUACAAACAAUGCCACAGAUAGAACUAAUAUAUGUUUUCUGUGGAAAUAAAUCGUAUCAUGAAGAAUGGGCAAAAUCUAUACCAAAAGUCAAAGGUGUUUACACCGAUAUUAAACCUAUAUGUGAAGCACUUGAAAUCGAUCGACAACGAUGUGAUCGAAACAUGAUUUCAAUUAGUUUUAAUAAUCUCGAUCCUCUUUUUAUGUAUACACAAUUAUUAAAAGAAGCACUCCUAGAGAUCGAAGACGAUGAUAAAACAUCUAUUAAAGACUUGGCUGAGUAUUGCCGCGAACAAGAUGAUAUUCCUGAAGAUCAAAUCAAACAAAUUGAACGUGAAUAUCAUAAACAUACACCAAUAUGGUGGUAUACAGCCGAAACAUUUAUAUAUUCUACACUUAAUCGUGGACUUCGCGUUAUGGAUGUCGAUAUCAUUAUGAAACUGGAAUUAAAUCGUGAACAAGAACACGGCACACAAAAACACUUUCAAGUCUUUCGAGGACAAGGCUUGUCCUUGGAAGAUUUUGCAAAAAUGAAAAAAACCAAAGGAGGACUUAUGUCCUUUAAUAAUUUUCUAUCAACAAGUCGCAAUCGACAGAUAUCUUUGGAAAAUUUCGCACGGCCUGCUACAAAAAAUCCCGAUUUAGUUGGUAUUCUCUUUGUUAUGAAUAUUGACACAGAUAUUUGCACAAAAUCACAAACACCUUUCGCUGAAGUAAGUCAAGUUAGUUACUACAAAGAUCAAGAAGAAGAAAUACUUUUUACAACACAUACAAUUUUUCGAAUUGACCGGAUCGAACGAAUUGACGAUAAACAUAAUGAUCGCCUGUGGCAAGUUAAUCUUACUCUUGCGGUUGCACCGGAUAUUGAUGAUCUCCCACCAAACUAUUUUGAUAUAUUAAUUGUCCCUAAUGGAGCUAUUUUAUACCCCAAUGAUGUUACUCCAUACACAGAAUCAUCGAAAGCAGAAAUAAAACGUAAUGCAAAAGGUGUUCUUUCAUUCGAUCAACUUGUUGACAAAAAAUCCUGA